AUGGUUAAACUUUUUUCGAUCGGUCUGGUCACGUUGUUGCUACUGGCAGCCACCGAAGCGAUCAUUUAUUCGCAGGAUGAACACGAGUUGCAUUUCUUAGAUCUUUUAGUUAGCACGUUCAAUGAAAACGAAACAAACGCGGUUUAUGAUCGCGAGUUGAGUUUAGAAGCUGACAAAUUCGCAGAUACGUGUGUGUUCAGAUCUGGACCAUACGAGACUGAAAACCCGAAACCGGCCUACAAACAUGUAAUGCUUCUAAGCUACGAUAGAUCAAAUGUCCUACGAAGUGCUUACUUGACUUGGUCAAUCAAUUAUGCUAUGUACCUUUUGUGUCGUACAGGCCUAUGCUAUCCAUCCGAGACAAGCGUGAAUUUAAUUGAACUAGAUUGUAAGCCUUCGUGGUUUAUAUAA